CUAUUCUGUUCUAUUUAGAUUUCUCACUAAGCAAUUAGCAUCUUUUUGACGACCGCAUCUUAUUUCGUCUCGUUAUCUUAUCCAUCUCCGCUGUCGCAAUCGGAUCUUGAUCGCCAUCGACUUUUGCCCCUCCAUCAAUCUGCCCCUCCAACAAUUUUAAUCUUUUUCUCCUCGUCCAUCUCAAAGACGCACUCCUCCAUCUUGUAACACCCUUCAGCGCACAUUUCCUCACAAACUCCAGCCAAGAUGGGAUCCGUAUCAAACGACACGCCGGCCAUGGCCACCAACCCCAAGUUCAUCUUCUUCACCGACUUCGACGGCACCGUCACCACGGCCGACUCCAACGACUACAUGACGGACAACCUGGGCUACGGCGCCGAGAAGCGCAAGCAGGGCAACGCCGACACGCUCUACGGCCGCAUCCACUUCCGCGACUCGUUCCGCGACAUGCUCGACAGCGUCACGACGCCCCUGAACGAGUGCGUCGACAUUUUGCUGGAGAACAUCAAGCUCGACCCCGGCUUCAGGGACUUUUACAACUGGGCGCAGGACAACAACGUGCCGAUUGUGAUUCUCAGCGGCGGCAUGGAGCCCGUCAUCAGGGCGCUGCUGGACAAGCUGCUGGGCAAGGGCUGGGACAUUCAGAUUGUGAGCAACUUUGUGCGGGCGCGAGAGGGCAAGAGCCUCAACGACAAGGGCGGCUGGGAGAUAAUCUUUCGCGACGACAGCAUCCACGGCCAUGACAAGUCCAUCGAGAUCCGCAAGUACUCCAGCCUUCCCAACAGACCAACCAUGUUCUACGCUGGCGACGGCGUCUCAGACCUUUCAGCCGCCAAGGAGACGGAUCUGCUGUUUGCAAAGGCUGGAAAGGACCUGGUUACUUGGUGCGAAAACGAAAAAGUUCCCUUUGUCACAUUCAACGACUGGACAAGCAUCACCCAGACGGUCAAGGAUAUUGUCGCUGGCAAGACCACUGUCCAAGAGGAGGCCAAGGGCCGCAUUUAAUUUACGAUUUACAUGACCAUGAUACGAAAAAACGGGGUACUAGAGAGGCCCGCUUGGAUAAUUGUGUUAAAGAGGAGGACUAAUGGAUAAUGACGGAUCUUGGGACAGCUAAUUUUGGGUAUCCUCUAGAGGUAUAGAUCUAUCUUAAGGUAAAAGGCUGGCUUAUAUCCUGUAUAGAAAGCAAGACGGAUAGACAACAAAGCAUAUAAAACG